UCGAUUAUAAGUAGAAAAUUUUACGACUCAUUGACUGUAGAAUUUUUCCUUUAGCAGUUUCUAACAAAAAAUUGUGCAAAAUCUAACAUAUUGUUGAAAAAAAUGUGUUCCGUCUAGUUCUCGAACAGUUGAGUACCAUUUACCUCAGUUAUCUUCCGCAAUUUUAGGCGGAAACCAGCUGGAAAGUUUUUCGUGAAAAUUUCCUUAUCUCCAUUCGCUUCAAAAACAAUGGAUGACCCGCUCCAGCCGCAGGUUAAUCCACUGACUCUCAAGAUUAAUGCUCUAAUUGAGAGGGUAUUUCUGAUAACGCUAAGCAAGAAUGGACCUAAGGCCAGUGCUAGCCGGGAGCAGUUAGUUUACAUGGAAGACGUGGCCCAGUGUGCCGGGGAUGGUAGUCUGCUCACCGUGGAACUGCUAGAGCAGGCCCUGUUCGAACGAAUCAUUCUCUUCAAUCCCGCGGACUAUCUGAUACCGAACAAUGUGACCGACGCACACACGGAAACGGUGGCUCAAACCAAGGUGAUGCUGUAUCUAUUUGGAUGUUUUCUGAGAAAUGAACGGGCAGGCGAUCAAAAUGAUUCCAUUGCUGCGGAUACCUGCCGGAAGAUGCGGGAUUUGAUUCUGCGUAAUGCAUGUACUUCACUGAAACAACCUGAACUGUUCGACGGGCAGAAUUUGUCCAACCAGUUGUUGGAUAUUUUUAAGCUUUCAGAGGAUGAUCAGUCCGUAAAGGCGAGGUUCAUUUCGGAAACGGUUAAGGAGAUUUUUGCCGAUUCCGAAAGUGAACAGGAAGGGUUCGUGGUGCUGAAGAGCAUAUUCACGCCGAUGUUCGUAGAGGUGUUGCGUGCAUUGAGAAGUGCUUCGUUGAUAAGCAUGGAACGGUGGAUUUUGCCUUUCCUGGGGAUUUUCACUAGCGAUAAGUCGAAUCCCAGGUUGGCUCAUGUGUUUCUGGAUUUUACUAGCCCGCCGGCGGAUGCGGAAGGUAUCAAGUACUCGGAAUCAUUGUUGGGUCAACUGCUAUCGCUCUCGAUUAUGCCCCGAAACCAAAAUGGACCGUACGAAUUUUUCGAAAAUCCGCUAACCACAAACCGCUCGGCACACGAUAAUCUUUCGUCAUCGUUGUGGAACUACGCCAAGUUGCAUCUGGAAUCAAUGCAUCUGUUUAUCAAGGGGUUUCUUCUACUCGGCGGAGAUGUUCGCAGUAAAAUUCUAACCUGGAUCGGGAAGUGUCUGCACGCCAAUCUGCCACGGGGACAAAUUUGGAACACUCACCAGGUGCAGAGUAUUUUUGGAAAUUUGACAACGGCACCGGAUUCUUUCAGCGUUAACUUGGCCGGCGUUCUGUUGCGUUUGUGCCAGCCGCUUUUGAAGCCACAGUUGAAAGUUUUAAUCGUCGAUCCGACGUACUGUGCGGUGAAGGAACCGGAAAAAUCGAUCAAAGGAGUUCACAUGCAAGAUACUGAGAAAGAAACCUGUCUUUUGCCUGUAGAGGAAAACGAGACCCGGUUGGAGGCAGACAAAUACAAUUUCGUAACGGAAUGUUUCUUCAUGACCCAUAAAGCGAUUGAUCUCGGUUAUCGCGUUUGCAUCGAGAAGUUCUUCCGGAUGAAUCGUGAAUUGCACCGACUGCAGAGCGCCUAUCAGGAUACGAUGGUCGGUGGCGCAUUAGCUGGCGCCGGUGGCACCGACGUGGCCAACAAUAUUAUGCAAAUGUUGUCUAGCCAAACGCAGCAAUUUCUCUGUCUGCAAAAUUUACUCCGAGAACCAACGACCGAUCAGCUGCUGUUACAGUUUUACGAAGCAUCGGCCAUCUGGUUGGCUCAGUUGGCAUCACGGGAUGCAAAGCGGAUCGAUGGGCUGGACAAGACGAAAGGUUAUGCACCACAAAGCGUGGAUGAAGUUAACUUACCGUUGACGAACGAAAUUUCCAAUGUUUUAAAAUGCAUUCCCGAGUACAUCAUGGAGAACAUUGUUGGCUAUCUGCAGUUCUCUCGCCACUACGACAGUCAACCACUGCGUGUAGACGUUGAGGCCCAGAACAAUAUCUUCACCAUGAUUCUGGUGUUUAUGGGUUCUUCGGAGAGGAUCCGAAAUCCUCAUCUGCGGGCCAGAUUGGCCGAAGGUCUGGAAAGUCUGCUGCCGAAGGAUACCGAAACCGGCGGGUUCUGUUUUAGCGCUGCCUUGUUCUCGAACCAUCCGCACCGUCUCGAAAUCAUCCCCAAUCUGCUGCGGGUUUUUGUCAGCAUUGAAAUGACCGGUCAGAGUGUGCAGUUUGAGCAGAAAUUUAACUACCGCCGGCCAAUGUAUGCCAUUAUGGAUUACUUGUGGAAGAUGGACGAACAGAAGCAGUGCUUCCGGGAGCUAGAACGGGAAGCCAUUCGGAACAUUGAAGCCGAAGAUCCUCCAAUUUUUCUGCGUUUCAUUAACUUGUUAAUUAACGAUGCGAUAUUUCUGCUGGACGAGUCUCUCAGCAAUUUGCAACAGAUUCGACAAUUGCAAGCAGCUCAGGACGCUGGCGAGUGGGCUAGUUUGGCAGCAAACGAACGACAACAGAACGUGGCUAAUCUGCGACAUUUGGGAAUGCUAGCCCGUUUCGAUAACAUCCUGGGCAGGGAUACCAUUAACAUUCUGCAGCUGCUUACAUCGGAGACACAGGAAAUCUUCUGUCACUCUUCUAUGGUUGACCGAGUAGCGGCCAUGUUAAACUAUUUUCUACUGAACCUUACCGGGCCCAAGAAGAGCAACUUCAAAGUCAGAGAUAAGCGGGAGUUUGAGUUCGAUCCGGCCAAUACGGUGCUCGAGAUUUGUCGGAUAUACGUCAACCUGCAGGGUUGUGAUGCGUUCUGUCUAGCGGUGUCCCAGGAUGGACGGUCCUACAGUCCGAAGUUGUUCGAGUAUGCUGAGCAGGUGUUGACCCGCAUCGGAGGAGGCCAGUUGAUCGGUGAAAUGCAGGAACUUUCGGCACGUGUUCAACAGCUGGAAGCACAACAAAAGAUUGACGAGGAAGCACUCGUCGAUCCACCGGAGGAAUUCCUCGACCCGAUCAUGUCCUCCCUGAUGACCGAUCCGGUAAUUCUACCAAGUUCCCGGAAUACCGUCGAUCGGUCUACUAUUGCCCGGCAUCUGCUGUCGGACCAAUCGGAUCCGUUCAAUCGGUCUCCGCUCACAAUGGACCAGGUCAAGCGAAAUGUCGAGCUAAAGACACGUAUCGACGAAUGGAUCCGGGAGAAGCGGGCUGCCCACGCUGCCAAAAUGAGUACCGAGUAGUUGGCGGUUUUGGUAGAUAUUGGGUGUUGACCAGCUUAUUUUUGAUAAUUUUCUCCUUCACGGAACGUACUUUUGCGCAUUCUACGUUUUUGUUCUGUUCGUUUUUUUUUUGGUUUUAGUUGACGUGUAAUAGAGCAACAAUUAAAAGAUUUUAUUUUUAUUUUAUUCGUUGGAAUAUGGACCAUAUUUCACUUUCCGAAGUACAUCAUUGUACAGUGGGACAGAUACCACAUGUAGUAGCAUAUUUAGGAAAAAUGGAUAAAAUUAAGUCCCGUUUAACAUAUUUCAA